CUGAAAAUAAAUGGCGAUCUACUAGUGAGCCACGUUGGUAUUUUGAUAACAUAUUUAUAAUAUAGAUAUUCCCUUUUACACCGAAAAUGAAUAAAAUAAUGUCGGGUCGACACAGCAACAAAUUGCCAACCAAUCUGCCGCAAUUGCAGAACCUGAUCAAGAGAGAUCCACAGUCGUACACGGAAGAAGUGAGUGUAUAAAACUGAACUAGCUAACGCAUGCCAACGAACGUUAGCUAGUUUGACUAGUAAACAAACUACUUGGCUAACUUUCUAGUUAUCUGCUUUACAUUUAACUGACAUUAGAAAGCAAGCUAUGUUUUAGGGUCAAUUAAUGAUGUCAUGUAUCAUAUAACUAUAUUGCUAACGUUAAUUAGAUAGAUUACUAUAUUUGAUUGCAUUACUAGAUAGCUAACGUUAGCAAGCUAGCCAGCUAUCUAAACGAGCUAACUAGUUACGUCUUAGCCCAAUAUUAGACACAUUUUAUUCAUGAUCAAAUGUAUUAAUAAACCGGGUCUAAUGGCAGUCCAUAGCGACAGCUUGCGAGAUAUUGCACUACCCGUUGCUGUACCUCUUUUAGCAGCACGUGUUCCGCAUUGCACCGUAUGUUCUCCGUAGACUGUUUUAAUGUAGCCUAGGCAGCAGACAGUGGCUCUAGAUCUGCACAAUCUUCUUCGAUUGAUGUGCAUUCCUGGUAAUACACUCGUGUCCCCCAUUGACCGGCUCGUACAUAAAGCAUCCACCAUUCAGGCUGCAAAAGCAUCAUUUUCCUCCUUUAACUUUAAUGGCGAGCCGCCGUGGGAGAAAAAAAAAACUGGAAAAAUGUGUAUUGUCUUAUUAAUAAAACACCAUUUUCCACCACCAUUUUCGGGAAAACUUAAGUUGCAUACCCUUGGCUGAAUGCGGCAAUAGUGUGCAGCUAUUGAUUAGUAGUAAUACAUCAGACUGUAAUACCACGCAGGUUUAAGGAAGAAAUCAGUGGACAACAGGUGUAGUAAGUUAAUACGAAGUUUAGUCAACAUUCUUCUGAUUUAUUAACAUUUAAGUCAUUUAGCAGACGCUCUUAUCCAGAGCCACUUACACAUUUAUAAAGGGACUGUUCAGAAUUUUGGACCCUAUAUAUAGUAGAGACGCUUAUCCAGUCCACGCUCGGAAUCAGGAGAGGCUAGCUAUGUCAAUUCCCGCUGACUUGAUUACAUAUUUUUCACUAUGAUCGUCUUAAUUUCUAAUCUACAGUUCCUGCAACAAUAUCGACACUACCAGUCCAAUGUCCAGAUCUUCAAACUCCAGCCUGACAAGCCCAACAAGGAGCUGGCAGACCUGGUCAUGUUCCUUGCUCAGGUACGAUCAUCACUCUCAAAUCUAGUCCUAGAAAUAGUAUGCCAAAUUCAUGAUAUUAAUAAUAAUUUGGAUAUUGUAUUGUUUUAUUUAAGUAAUCAGAAACGUAAUUGUAAAUGUCAUGUGAGUACCCUAGUUGGGGUCGAAGCUAUCUCAAAUCAGGAAAUGUCUGUAGGCCUGCUGUAUUUGUGGAUCUUAUUGGAAACCAUGAACUGUCAAUUAUUUAUAGAUCGCCAACUGUAGACACAAGUAUACUGCUGAUGUUAAUCCUCGUAGGAAGCUAUCAAGCUAAAUCCAUCAUUGUGAUGUUCCAGGUUGGACACUGCUAUCUGCAGCAACUUGCCUCCUUCCCUCAGGAGUUGACCGAGCUCCUUAUGAAUCAUCACACAGUCCUCGAGCCUGAUCUACGAAUGGUAAGAGAACAUAUCAUCAACAGGUAUUUUCUCACCCUUGUCAGCCGUUACAAAUACGUGGAUUUAAUGUGUUUUCCCCCCCCCCCCCCCCCCCCUCAUGUUUCUCCCUCGCUCAGACAUUCUGCAAAGCCCUGAUUCUGCUGAGGAACAAAGAUCUGAUCAACCCCACAGGUCUUCUGGAGCUGUUCUUUGAGCUACUGCGCUGUCACGACAAGCUCCUCAGGAAGGUGAGCCCGGAGUGUCUUGUCUGUCUGCACCCCCAGGGUAUUGUUAUUCCAUCUCUAUGGUCAGUCUGCACUGUCGGUCACGGUCUGCAUCUCGCUUAAGUCUCCUGUUCAUCUCUUUCCCCCAGACACUGUACUCGCACAUCGUGCAUGACAUAAAAAACAUCAACUCCAAACACAAGAACAACAAAGUCAACACCACAUUACAGAACUUCAUGUACACCAUGCUGAGAGACAGCAAUCCUCUAGCAGCCAAGAUCUCGCUGGAUGUCAUGAUUGAGUUGUACAAGAGGAACAUCUGGUAAGUAACAUGCCUUGGCUCUGUGCUAAGUAUCUUCAAAAAACACGUCACAUGAUAUAUAUAUUUUUAUUUCCUUGUUUUCCCAUCACAGGAAUGACGCCAAAACUGUUAACGUCAUCACGACAGCAUGUUUCUCCAAAGUCACAAAGAUCCUUGUGGCAGGCAUGAAGUUCUUCCUGGGCAAAGAUGAAGAUGAGAAGCGGGAAAGUGAUUCAGAAUCUGAGGCAUGUAUAGAGGGGAGGGGGGGGGUGAGCAUUAUGAUUGGAGGAGAGACUUCCUUGCUCUGUCAGGUCUAAGCAAAUCUCUUAUCUCCAGGAGGAGGGUCCGUCGGCUAGAGACCUGAUGGUGAGGUACUCUACAGGGAAGAAGACAACCAAGAACAAGAAGAAGAUGGAGAAGGCCAUGAAGGUCCUUAAGGUACGCUGACAGUCCUGCGCUAAUUCAUUCCUGUGCUUUGUCUUUUACCUAAGAUAGACUUUUUAAGUGGCAAUUGUCUCGUUUUUGUUGGUUGGUUAGUUAAUGAAUCUAACCUGAUGAUUCACAGAAACAUAAGAAGAAGAAGAAGGUAGAGGUUUUCAAUUUCUCUGCCAUCCACUUGAUUCAUGAUCCUCAAGGUAUGUAUGGUCACCCUCAAAAGCACACACUUAUACACUAAACUACAUCUGACCUCUUUAUGUCGCUUUAUUCUGGUUUUCCUAAGAAAUAUAUAUUUUUUUUUUGCACAGAUUUUUCAGAGAAGCUGCUAAAGCAGUUGGAGGACUCUAAGGAGCGUUUUGAGGUGAAGAUCAUGAUGAUGGAACUAAUAUCCCGACUGGUUGGGAUUCAUGAGGUAAGAAAAUGGCACUGUUAGAUAUGAACAGUGCAAUUAUUCUACAAUGUAAAAAAAAAAAAAGACAUUCACGUUGUUAUUUCUGUUCUUCCCACAGCUCUUUCUCUUUAACUACUAUCCCUUUGUACAGCGGUUUAUUCAGCCCCAUCAAAGAGGUAAGCUGUAAACGAGGGCUCCACUUACAUUUACAUUUUAGUCAUUUAGCAGACACUCUUAUCCAGAGCAACUUACAGUUAGUGAGUGCAUCAAUUGUAAUUAAAACCUACAAAUCAAGUGUUAUUUGUCACAUGCGCCAAAUACAACAUGCGCUUACUUACAAGCCCUUAACCAACAAUGUGGUUUUUAAGAAAAUAGAGUUAAGAAAAUAUUUACUAAAUAAAAUAAAGUAAUAAAAUAAAGUAACACAAUAAAAUAACAAUAAUGAGGCUAUAUACAGGGGGUACCGGUACAGGUUAGUCGAGGUAAUUUGUACAUAUAGGUAGGGGUAAAGUGACUAUGCAUAGAUAAUAGACAGCGAGUAGCAGCAGUGUAAAAACAAAGGGGGGGUCAAUGCAAAUAGUCCAGGUGGCCAUUUUAUUAAUUGUUCAAUUAGGGCUUUGUGAUGGCCACUCCAAUACCUUGACUUUGUUGUCCUUAAGCCAUUUUGCCACAACUUUGGAAGUAUGCUUGGGGUCAUUGUCCAUUUGGAAGACCCAUUUGCGACCAAGCUUUAACUUCCUGACUGAUGUCAUGAGAUGUUGCUUCAAUAUAUCCACAUAACUUUCCUUCCUCAUGAUGCCAUCUAUUUUGUGAAGUGCACCAGUCCCUCCUGCAGCAAAGCACCCCCACAGCAUGAUGCUGCCACCCCCAUGCUUCACCGUUGGGAUGGUGUUCUUCGGCUUGCAAGCAACCCCCUUUUUCCUCCAAACAUAACAAUGGUCAUUAUGGCCAAACAGUUCUAUUUUUGUUUCAUCAGACCAGCGGACAUUUCUCCAAAAAGUACGAUCUUUGUCCCCAUGUGCAGUUGUAAACCGUAGUCUGGCUUUUUUAUGGCGGUUUUGGAGCAGUGGCUUCUUCCUUGCUGAGCGGCCUUUCAGGUUACAUUUACAUUUUAGUCAUUUAGCAGACGCUCUUAUCCAGAGCGACUUACAGUUAGUUAGUGCAUACAUUUUUAUUUAAUUUUUCAUACUGGCCCCCCGUGUGGGGGCUGAGCUAUAUCCCUGCAGGCCAUUCCCUCCCCUACCCUGGACGACGUUGGGCCAAUUUUUGCGCCGCCCCAUGGGUCUCCCGGUCGCGGCCAGCUACGACAGAGCCUGGAUUCGAACCAGCCUUAGACCACUGCGCCACUCGGGAGUUAUGUCGAUAUAAAUACUUUUGUACCUGUUUCCUCCAGCAUCUUCACAAGGUCCUUUGCUGUUGUUCUGGGAUUGAUUUGGACUUUUCGCACCAAAGUACGUUCAUCUCUAGGAGACAGAACGCGUCUCCUUCCUGAGCGGUAUGACGGCUGCGUGGUCCCAUGGUGUUUAUACUUGCGUACUAUUGUUUGUACAGAUGAACGUGGUACCUUCAGGCGUUUAGAAAUUGCUCCCAAGGAUGAACCAGACUUGUGGAGGUCUACAAUUUUUUUUCUAAGGUCUUGGCUGAUUUCUUUUGAUUUUCCCAUGAUGUCAAGCAAAGAGGCACUGAGUUUGAAGGGAGUGGUUGAAAAACUAUUUUUAAUGACAACAACCUACAUACACCAAAGUGUAUGUAAACUUCCGACUUCAACUGUAGGUCCUGGAUGUCAGGAAGCUUGGCCCUAGUGAUGUACUGGGCCGUACGCACUACCCUCUGUAGCGCCUUACGGUCAGACCAGCCUUUCAAAGCACUUCAUGGCUACCGAACGGGAGUGCUACGGGGCGGUAGUCAUUUAUGCAGGUUACCUUCGCUUUCUUGGGCACAGGGACUAUGCGGUCUGUUUGAAACAUGUAGGUAUUACAGACUCAGUCAGGAAGAGGUUGAAAAUGUCAGUGAAGUCUGUACAGCGGUUUAUUUAUCCCCAUCAAAGAGGUAUGUUCUAAGAAAGGGCUCCGCUUGUAAUUAAAAACAAACAUGCAAUUAGUCACGUUGCGUUUUAAUACAUUUACAUUUAAGUCAUUUAGCAGACGCUCUUAUCCAGAGCGACUUACAGUUAGUGAGUGCAUACAUUUUCAUACUGGCCCCCCCUGUGGGAAACGAACCCACAACCCUGGAGUUGCAAGCGCCAUGCUCUACCAACUGAGCUACACGGGGCCCAGAACUUGAGUUGCAAAAAAAAUAUUUUAUGCCUUGUGUUUCUUCUUUCUUUCUUCUCCAGAGGUGACCAAGAUCCUCCUGUGUGCUGCCCAGUCCUCCCAUCAUCUAGUUCCACCUGAGAUCAUCGAGCCUGUCAUCAUGACCAUAGCCAAUAACUUUGUGACAGACAGAAACUCAGGAGAGGUGAUGUGUGUUGGGUAAGGGAGGAUCCCUCUGUAACCUGGUUGGAUGGCCAUUGUAAAGUCACUCACCUAGGAUCCCUCUGUAACCCGGUUGGAUGGCCAUUGUAAAGUCACUCACCUAGGAUCCCUCUGUAACCCGGUUGGAUGGCCAUUGUAAAGUCACUCACCUAGGAUCCCUCUGUAACCCGGUUGGAUGGCCAUUGUAAAGUCACUCACCUUCUGCAUGUGAUUGUUACCAUGGGAUAUUGUGUGUAUAUAAUACUGUUCUAUACAGUUGAGAUUUGUACAGCAUCAAUUAUUGGUAGUAACACGGUUCCAUAGAGUAACAGAGUUGUGGGACUUUCUUUGUACAGCAUCAAUGCCAUCAAGGAGGUGGCAGCUCGCUGUCCCCUAGCCAUCACAGAAGAGCUCCUCCAGGACUUGGCUCAGUACAAGAUGCACAAAGACAAGAGUAAGUAGUCUGUCCUUACUGUAGUAGGUUAACAUGUUUUGUUUUGAAUCUUUUCUCUUUAAACCAAUGUGCUACAAGAGAUUAUUCAUCACGUGUCAUAAAAAAAAAAACGAUUCAAAGGGUUUCAAUGACGGUUAUUUAAAUGAUGUCAUUGCCUUUUUUUUUUUUUUUAGAUGUGAUGAUGUCUGCCAGAGGACUCAUUCAGCUCUUCAGAAGCCUGGAUCCAAAGAUGCUACAUAAGAGAGACAGGGUAUGUUGCUGAGACCAAUGUAAUAUACAUUUUUAAAAUGAUCUCAACAUCGUAAUGUUUUUCCUCCCUCGUUCUAAGGCCCAUAUGCUAGGUGGUUCCUCCUCUCAGGGCUGAGGUGCUGUGAAAUGUCCUGUAGGCCUGUGCAAACUGCUAACUUAACCAUUUGGUGUUGUUUACUAGGGGCGACCCACAGAGUUGUCUACAGAGGCUAAGAUCCAGGACUAUGGCGAGAUGGGGGCCAAAGACUACAUCCCUGGAGCAGAGGUUCUGGAGGUGGAGGAGAAGGAGAAGGAGGGAGGAGAAGAAGGGGAUGGCGGUAAGGGAUUGGAUCGUGUAUAGUCAUUAUUAUAGAACUGGAAACUUCUACUUGUUGGGUUUUUUGCUGCAAGGACUCUCAUUUGGAUUUAUAUCAAGGACGGUAUGUCCGACAUGCAAUAGAUGAUGUUCUGUGUGAAAAUAGUUAAGACGGGUUUAAAUAUUGAUUAUUUGAUCAUUUCUUCUUCCGGCGUUUCCUCUUCAUCUCCAGAUGGCUGGGAGAGUGCCAGCAGUGUAAGUGAUGAUGAGGACGGAGAAUGGAUCGAUGUUCACCACUCCUCUGAUGAAGACACCACAGAAAUGGUAGGGUUCUGCAUCAGCCCCAUGUCUGUUAGGUGUUCUGGGUUGGUGACCUAGAUAUUGAAAAGCUGGGCUGGGCUCGCGUUCAAUAGAGCACACCGUAGCAAAACACUUUGAAUCAGAAAACUAAAAUGAGUGUUUCUUAUUGGACAAGUUCAGGUUGUCCCUCCCUGUUUGUCUGUUUUCUGCCAUUUGGUGCUGAAUGAACACUACCCUGGUGAUUAUCAAAUCAAACUUUAUUUGUCACAUGCGCUGAAUACAACAGGUGUAGACCUUACCGUGAAAUGCUUACUUACAAACCCUUAACCAACAAUGCAGUUCAAGAAAUAGAGUUCAGAAAAUAUUUACUGAAUAAAAUAAAGUACAAAAAAAUACAAAUAUCGAAAAGUGACACAAUAAAAUUACAUAACAAUAACGAGGCUAUAUACAGGGGGUACCGGUACCGAGUCAAUGUGCGGUGGUACAGGUUAGUCGAGGUAGUUUGUAAAGUGACUAUGCAUAGAUAAUAAACAGCGAGUAGCAGCAUUGUAAAAACAAAUGGAUGGGGGGGUCAAUGUAAAUAGUCCGGGUGGCCAUUUGAUUCAUUGUUCAGCAGUCUUAUGAUUAGUGUUCUGAUUGGUGGAUAAGGUGUUCUUAUUGGUGAGCAACGUCUUCUCAUUGGCCAUUUGUAUGUGUCUCGCCCAGGCUGAGAAGCUGAAGAGCAUGGAUCCAGAGGAGAGGAAAGCCAAGGCGGCAGCGGUCAGCUCCAGUCGACUCCUCACUCAGGACGACUUCAAGAAGAUCCGUCUGGCUCAGAUGGCUAAAGAGGUCAACGCUGCCCCGGGCAAGGGACAGAAGAGGAAGAUGGUGGACGAUGAUGAGGGUGAAAGGUCAGUCUUGUUGUUGUUAUAAUUUUACCUCCGCUCCUAUGAUCAAUAUAAUUCAAAAUGGGGUCGACUUUUUGUUAUAAUGAUGAUUGUGGAUCCACGUUUUCCCUAAUGGGAAUAUCUUAUUUAAAACGCAUUUAUGCUGCGUUUAGACGAAGGGACGCAAAAAAAAAAAACUUCAUACCAGUCGGUAUAGCGAGACAAGAAGGCAAGAGAGGGUGACGGCAAAAGCAAUCCAGCACGACGGCAUGCGUUGCUAUGGUGAUAUCAGUAAACAAACCAGUGCAAAUCAACACCCGAUAGAAAACGAAGCUACAGCAAAAGUUGAAAUAUUUGAACUCUGGCGGCAGGUCCCGUCUAUCGCGGCGGCUGGGGCUGACCCCAUUUAGUCGACUGGUCGAUAGGCUGUUGGUCGACCGAGAUGUCUGUAGUCGAGCAGUAGCAAAAAAAAGACAGCUGUCUGAUUGGAAUGUUCCGGAUUGACUUGAAUGAACUUAUUUUGAACUUAUUCUCUGCAGCAGAGGUAAAUCUGGGUCUUCCUUUCCUGUGGGCGGUACUCAUGAGAGCCAGUUUCAUCAUAGCGCUUGAUGGUUUUUGCGACUGCACUUGAAGAAGCUUUCAAAGUUCUUGGAAUGUGGUCCUCUGUAGCUCAGCUGGUAGAGCACGGCGCUUGUAACGCUAAGGUAGUGGGUUCGAUCCCCGGGACCACCCAUACACAAAAAAAGAAUGUAUGCACGCAUGACUGUAAGUCGCUUUGGAUAAAAGCGUCUGCUAAAUGGCAUAUUUUUUUUUUUUUAUUUUCUCGGAUUGACUGACCUUCAUGUCUUAAAGUAACAAUGGACUGUCGUUUCUCUUUGCUUAUUUGAGCUGUUCUUGCCAUAAUAUGGACUUGGUCUUUUACCAAAUAGGGCUAUCUUCUCUAUACCUCCCCCCUACCUUGUCACAACAACUGAUUGGCUCAAACGCAUUAAGAAGAAAAUAAAUUCCACAAAUAAACUUUUGAGAAGGCACACCUGUUAAUUGAAAUGCAUUCCAGGUGACUACCUCAGGAUGCUGGUUGAGAGAAUGCCAAGAGUGUACAAAGCUGUCAUCAAGGCAAAGGGUGGCUACUUUGAAGAAUCUCAAAUAUAAAACAUAUUUUGAUUUGUUUAACACUUUUUUGGUUACUGCAUGAUUCCAUAUGUGUUAUUUCAUAGUUUUGAUGUCUUCACUAUUAUUCUACAAUGUUAAAAAUAAAAUAAAUAACCUUGAAUGAGUAGGUGUUCUAAAACUUUGGACUGGUACUGCAUAUCUACAGAAAUAAGACCGAUCCGGCUUGUGUUGCCUGUUUGUUUUAAUAGCCUACUGAUUCUGUAAGCACCAAGCCUCACACAACCACAUGUACACAAAUGUGGCUGUUCGUAAUCUUUGCUUUGCUGUAAUAAAGGCUUUACACUUUUUUAUUUUUUUCGUUAGAGCAGCCUCUGUUAUUACCAGAUUAAUUAUAAUUAGAUUACAUUUAAUUUAUUUAGUGUUUACACUGUUCCAAAUUGUCAGAAAAAUAGUGUUUCUAAUAAUAAUAACCGUCUUUUUUCUAGAUCUACCUGUUGUUGUUAUGAUGAUGAUCAUAAUAAGUGAAGUCAUUAUCAUUAGUAGUCUUAGUAUAGCAGCCUUGUAUAACUGCCAUUGAGCUGUAGGCCUAAAGAGUGUAUCCUGUUUAGUCUUAAUACCGUAACUUACUUAGGCAUGUUUCAAUACUUAUAUAGGCUACUGUAUCAUUCAUUCGUUCAUGUCAUCGCACAGCAUAUGAGGCAUUCAUGAUUUGAAAUGCAAUCAAGUGUUUAGGUUUUAAAAUAAAAUAACAAAGAGACCCUUGAAUAAUUGGCGUAAACAAAAACUAAACCGUUUCCAUGUUGGCGGUUGAAUUCACGAAUGAAUGUGACUUUUUUCAGUCUUUGGUGUAAUAAAGGCUUUGCAAUUAUAAUUUUUUUUGAUGUUACAACAUUCUCUGGUACGCUUUUAAUUUAUUUAGUGUUUACAUUGUUCAAAACGUUCAGAAAAAGUAUAUUGUAAUCUAACAGCACCUGUCCUUAACACCUUUUUCUUGAUCUCCUGUAUGUUCCACAACUAGUCACAUUUAUUCCACCCAUCUGACUUCCCCUUUACCUCCUGAGCAACCAGUAAACAUUCCCCCCUUUUCCAGUUUAUUUGUCACGUCAUCUCCAUCCAUUUUGCUGUCAUCUGUUACGGUGUUCAGAGUUUGUUAACCAAUUUAUUAAUGUGGUUAUGAUAUGCUAUAGGUCAGGCCCUAUUGGUCACGUGCAUGCGACGCAUACAUGUGUCACGUAAAAAGUGCGAGGGUUGAGGGACUAGGGAAUGCCCUAGUGGCGGCUGACUGCAUUCGCUGCCAGCGUCAACGCAUUUACUGUCGUGCUCUCAUUGAGAACAAUGACAUCCGGUUUACCGUCUACCUCGUACCAUCUAAACGCAGCAUAAGCGUGAUAAACACUCAUGCAAACGGUUGGGAAUUGUUUAACUGCAAUUGGUGUGUGUGUGUGUGUGUGUGUACACAUCUUAACGAAUAACAUUGCAAACCGUUUUCAGAGGGGAAAUCCUUACCUUGAGAGACAUUGAAAAGCUGCACAAGAAACCCAAGGCAGACAAGGAAUCAAGACUGGCCACUGCACAGGUGACAAUCUCAAUCAAGAAUGUGCUCAAUUCUAAUUCUCGUAUUCUCAGGAUUUCAUCCGAUCAUGUGGUUUGUUUUGAUGGUAGGCUGGCCGCUCAGAUAGGAAGGAGUUUGUGAAGAAGAGGAAAGAGAAGCUGAAUCCAUUCGCCUCCACCAGCAACAAGGACAAGAAGAGGAACAAAGACUUCAGGAUGAUGAGACACAGUCUAAAUGUACGGACCAAGAACAAGAGAUCCUUCAGAGAUAAACAGGUAAAUUCCGUUUCUUUUUUUGUGUGCAGCAUAAUUUUUUUUUCUUUUUUUUCAGUAUUAUUUAUCUCUUCUCUUCUCUCUCUCUCUCCAUACAGAUUGCUCUAAGAGAUGCACUCAUUAAGAGAAAGAAGCAAUACAAAUAGCGAUAUCGCUGCAUGCCGUGGACUCUUGGUUCCAAAGGAAAUGAUGGCUUCCAUGAACUUGGGCUAUUAAAUGAAGAUGGGGAAUGGUUCGUUUUAACUGCAAUAUACCAUUCCCCAUCUCCAUUUAACAGGAAGAUGUGGUCUAUAACAUAUUUGUAUAGGUAGUAGGCUAUAAUCACACUGCCUUCUAUUAAAAGAUUUACUGUCAGUCCUUUACCCCUUUCUCCUAUUUGUAUUUUUUUUUUCAGUCUACUUCAAAUUUCGAUACACCUUUUUGUGAUGUGAAGAUAAUGUUCCUGGCAACAAAGUGUACAUGUAACUCCUCUAGAUUGACGUAAUAGACAAUAAAUAAAUGCAGACUGAAUUUAAAUGUCAAGAUUUCCAGGACGAACACACACAUAUACAGUGGGGGAAAAAAGUA